AUGUAUAAGUAUAUUCAGAUGAUGAAAGGAGACUUUUACGUAUUAGAAUAUGUAGGAUGGGACACAACAUAUACAGAGAUAGUUAGCAAUGAUCGACUUCGAAUCAAAAACAGUAAUCCACCAAUAGAAAGAAAUAUGUUUCACAAAUUCGAAAUAGAAGUUCCCGAAGAGGUCCGUGAAUAUGCGAAGAUAGAGAACGCACAUAAGGAAUUUCAAAAAGCUAUAGGGGCUGGAUAUAUUACCUACAAUGCAGAAAAAUGUGUUCUUGUAGUAAUAUCCAGGUGUGAAUCAAGUCGUAGACGUGCCUCCUUACUACAGGAUAUGCAUUUCAGAAAUCUUUCACAAAAAGUGCUCUUAUUAAAACGAACAGAAGAGGCAGCCCGUCAACUAGAAAGUACCAAACUGGCUACUAUAGGAGGAUUUUCUGACGAGUUCAUUGUGAGAGAAGAUUUAAUGGGUUUAGCAAUUGGUGCACACGGUGCAAAUAUUCAGCAAGCUAGAAAAGUUGAAGGAAUAACAAACAUUGAAUUAGAAGAAAACUCUUGUACUUUUAAAAUUUAUGGAGAAACUAAUGAAGCUGUUCGGAAAGCAAGGUCAAUGUUAGAAUAUAGCGAAGAAUCUCUUCAAGUUCCGAGAGGGUUAGUUGGGAAAGUUAUUGGUAAAAAUGGAAGAAUUAUACAAGAAAUCGUUGAUAAAAGUGGGGUGGUCCGGGUGAAGAUUGAAGGUGAUAAUGAACCACAACCGACAAUUCCACGUGAAGAAGGGCAGGUACCUUUUGUAUUUGUUGGGACAGUGGAAAGUAUAUCAAACGCCAAAGUGCUUCUCCAAUAUCAUUUGGCACACCUCAAGACUUCAUCCAAAUCAACGCAGAAAUGACGUCACCGACAUUUC